AGAUCCCCCUUUUUGCUGCGUACAUGCAGCCUAAAAGCAGAAGGUCUUGCUAGCUCAGGGAUUAAUCAUUAAUCUACCGAUGUACAUAAUGGAUCGGGCUGGAUUCUUGUGAACUCAUUCUGAGACAGUUUCAGAGUGAGGACUCUGAUAUUCUCAGUAUGAAAGAGGAGCCCUCGGAUUUACAACUAAAACACAUCCAAGAAUACAGUUUGUCUACAGCGAAAUUCUCAUCCAUGGCUGGUCAUGAGCAAAGAAUGGAAGGACAGGAGACAAGUUCCAGCAGCAGUCUUGAUUUUGGAGGACCUGAUGAUCAAGGCAUGUUUGAUGGCAGUCUUGGCUUCAAAGAUGUUGAAGUUGAUGGCACAAGCCACAACAUUGACAGUGGUGUUGGCAGCAAUGUCCCUGGCACCAGCCAGCAGCAGCCACACUAUCCACCAUCAUUGAGAGAAGCUCAAAACACAAGCCUUGUAGCCAUUAGACAUGGUGAUAUCAACAAACGAUUCCCAACACCAGGAGGUGCUAAUCUGCCUCUUGAUGGUGGGCAGAGGAAUCAGAGCCCCAGUGUAUCGUCUACCAGUAUUCAACAACGGUUGGACCACCUCACCAACCUUGCUCAAACUCAACGCUUCACAAGAAUAAAGUAUGGCUCCAAGAAAGAUGUUUAUGACUUCCUGCACCAUAUUGAAACAGCAGAAGAGGAUUCUGGGAUCUUCCUGAGUGAAGCUGAAGGUUUCUUUGGAAGAUCCAGGUUCAGGCGUGGGGAUGAUUACGUCUUUGUAAUGGAGUUUCAACCUGGUAAACAUGUCACCCUCUGGAUGGAUAAGAUGACAGACAGGAAGUUUGUCACAAAACUGGCCUCCAUUGAACCAACAGAGCUGCCAUUCGGGAAGACAGCAAUGAGGCUGUCUAGACCACAUCAAGUGUCUUUGGUUGUGGAUCACCAGGACGACUGCCCUGGACUUGGCAGGAUCUUUGGUAUUAUCAAGCGCAAGAUUAAUACCAAAUACUUUGGAGAAAUCUUCAUGGAAUUUUAUCCUGGUGGUACCCUUGAACCGUCUUCUCUGUUCCGUUCUUUGGACAUUUCAGCAAAGUGGAGACUUGCAAUGAACAUCCUCAUUAAUGUUCUCUAUCUUCACUCGAAAGACAUUGUCCAUGGGGAUAUUAAAUAUGAAAAUAUGGUGUUCAACGAAAAGGGUUACCCCAUUUUGAUCGACAUGGAAUCUGCCUAUCACCCUACAUACAAAAACCCAAUGCGCGCUACAUACACCUUCCUCCCUCCAUGGUUCAGGAGAUGCUGCAAAAGCAGAGAUUUUGAGUUACUUAAAUCUCUCGACCUGUGGGCAGUGGGUGUCGUGCUGCUGCACGUCAUUACUGGACAGGCCUUGCUUGGUGAUGAGCGAGUAAACCUUCAGCGAUGUAGAUCAUGUAACCCACAGAGUGGACCAUGUCUGCAUGUAGUGUCCAAGUACCUUAUCUUGUUGGAGCAGAACCCCGACAUUGUCAUGAAAUACCUGCCCAUCAUCUCACAGAGUGAUGACCCUGACGUUAGACGUCUGGCCUGUCUGAUUCAUGGCCUCCUCACACCAGCAGGCCCCACAGCCCAGCUGACUGCAGAACAGGCUGUAGAUGGUCUUCUUGAUGACAAUGUGAUUGCAGUCAUCAAGAAGGAUGGCAAUCAGAGAGUUCCCCCGGCUGUUGUUCCAUGUGGCAUCAGCAUGGGGGCCUUUAUGAAUACUCCAGCUGUACAACAGCUGAAAAAUCAAUACCCUGACUUACAGGAAGGGAUGUAUUUUACCUGGGACCAGGUCUACGAUGGGAGACCAAUGGACAAGAUUAUAAACAAGCAUGACAGACUAACAGAGUGCUGUGUCCUCCGUAUUCAUGCUCCCAUCAGAUCCCAUGUUUGUCCCUCCAACUAGCAGUAAUCUUAGGAGCGACAUGUAGAACCACAGACUCAUCUUAAUGACCAAUGUUAUAUUUCAUUGCCAAGGCAACCGUCAGUAUAAUUGUGGUGGCAUGUGGUCCUGUGCACAGAGCUCAGGUCACGAAUCAGUUGAAGUUAGGCAACGUCGAGCUCGGACAAUCCUUGGAUGGGUGAACGACUGUUUGGCAGCUUGACUUCUGAAAGUUUCUAGGACUUCAGUCAAGCCCCUAACAGACAGCUUGGGUUAUCUUGGGUAAUAAUAAUCAGAUUCUGAUUAAGCACCGGAGCAAUCACAUGGUGUUUGAAGACUGUGCACUAUAGAAGAUGACUUAUUAUUAUUAUCAUAAUGUUUCUUGAUCAUAACACUGAUAGGGAAAAGUAAGGGAAUGCAUUGAAAUAUUGCAAAGAAAUGUUUACUUAUUUUUUACCUGUGGGUCUCAGUGUUA